AUGCGCUUAAUCCGCGGUUCCGGCGGCUUGAUGGCGCCGAGCAAUGCGGCGCUCGCAAUUCUCGUGCUCGUGUUCGCUGCGGCGGCAGCGACGCGCGCGAUGGACCUGCACAGGGAGGCGCGCAUGGAGGAGCUGAAGGCGUCGAUCAGAGAUCGACGGCCGUCGUUCAUCUUCGUCAAGCUCCGUCACGACGCGGGCUCUCGCACGCUGGAGGACGUGCAGCAGCUGGCGACGAGGUGGCAGGCGGGCAUGACGGAGGGGAAAAUCGCCGCCAACGUGUAUCCGCUGGAUUCGGACACUCUCCACAUCGCACUGCUCACCACGGCCGCUGCCAGCAAGGUGAAGGAGUUUGUGCUGGAGCAGGAGGAGGCGUACGAGUUGCUGGUGGGGGACGACGUGGUGCGGCGCCCCGGAGACCCGCCACUGGAAUCGCUGGUGCACCGCGACGUGUGGAAGCGGGAGCGCAUGCGGCAGGAGAUGAUGAAGGAGCGCGAGAAGCUGCACCUGGACAGGAUGGGGGGGGAUGGGGGGAUGACGGACCACCACCGGCAGAGAAUCAAGGAGCAACUGAGGGCGCGGCAUGUUGACAGACUGGAGAGGAAAAGAAAGAUGCGGGAGGAAUGGCUGGAGAACCAUGCAGAUGAUGACCUGUAA